AUGCUCAUGAAGAGGAAGACGAGUACGAUUUCUACACACGCCAAUUUGAUUGUCAUCGAACAGGUAUGGUUCGACGACGAGGAAGAAUCCAUCUAUUCCCAACCCCCAAACAUCUACCCCAUCAAUCCCCGAAACACCCAUCAACGAGAUGUACCUCCCCGUGCAAGCACCGACUCUGACGCCCAACGAUCGUCUCUUGAUUCCUUUUCAAGCAGCCCUUCCCACUCCUCGAGUGUGUCUACCCAAAUCCUGUUGAACGCCAAGACUCGAGACCUAGGUUCAGGCCCGUCUACAAAGGAGUAA